GGUUAACGAAUGAAAUGCAAACAAAAAACUUAUAUUUUUAUUGAUUUUCAGUAAACGUUUUGAUCACAACUUUUUUGUGUCUACUUUUUGGACAACAAGUACUUUACGGACCCAUUAAGUGGUGGUCACACACGAAGACAUGGGAGUGACGGGUCUGUGGAGUGUCGUCGACGGUGUCGGACAUCCCAUCAAUUUAGAGACACUCAACAACAAAGUGAUAGCAAUAGAUUUGUCUCUUUGGGUGAAUCAAGCGAUUAAAGGCUUUCGUCACCGAAAUGGCCAACCGGUAGAUAACGCCCACGUGUUGGGACUCUUCCACAGAGUGUGCAAACUCUUGUUCUACAGAAUCAAACCGGUGUUUGUCUUCGACGGUAUGUGUCCUCAACUCAAGCGCAACACAAUCGCGAAGAGAGCCGAACAGAGAGUGAAAGCUGUGGACAAAUCUCGCGAGUCGUCGGUCAAAGUGUUGCACAAAUAUCUCUCGUCUCAACUCUCCUCGAGUUCUGCCAAACAGUUGCUGAGCAGUGAAUCGUUGCCAUCACUUGAAUCGUCGUUAUACCCGAUGCCAGACAACAGUGACUUCAAGAUAUGUGAAGAGUUGAAUGAAUUGAAUGAGAGCGACAAGGAUGACAGCGAGGGUGACAGUGAAUCGGACGACGAUUCCAAUCGGCCCGUCGCUCAUAGUUAUAGAAAUAUCCAGAAUUUGGACUUAAUUGAUGUCAAUUCCGAAGAAAUCAAAUCAUUGCCUCUCGAUAUACGAUACGAAGUGCUCACGGAAUUGAAGGCUAAAUACAAAGGAUAUCGAAAUCAAGAGCUAAUGCCCACUGAAUCCAACGAUUUCUCCAAAUACCAAAUGCAGAAACUGCUGAAGAAACGGAAACUUCAGUCAAAAAUAGAGCAAACAAUCAGCGAAUUGAAUGGUCAGCACUCGGAAGAAGUUAUCGAGAAAUUUGAUAAAAAGGAUUUCUAUUUUGAGAGCCAAUCGACUGCCGGACGACUCAUGUCGGAUGAAAACACACGGUUUGUGUUCAUUAAGAAAUCGCAGACAACUUCUUCAUUGAUGAGCACUGAAGGCAAGAAUCUUGAAACUAAAAUGACAGCAAUUACUGCACAGAUUCCCUCCACAUCCAAGUCUUCGGUGACGGAUAUCUUACACGACAUUAAUUCUGGACAUUCAGACGAUAAAGAACUCGAUAUUAAAUCUAAAUCGUGUGAAAUUCAACCCCCAAUUGACUCAAAUCUGUUUACCAAAAUUAAAACAGUGAUUGAAGUGAGUAGUGAUUCAGAUAAUGAUUUUGUGGAGGUUUGUCCGCCAUCUGACACUUCUUUGUGCCAAUCACUGGAUUCAAGUCUGAAAGAAACGGAAACUUUAGAAUUAAAUCAAAAGAGUUCACAACUUAUAGAAGAAGACGACAGUUUUGACAGUUUCGAUGCAUCCGAUGAUAUCUGCAUUGAUUUUAACACUCAAACGAUGUCUCUUCCAGAGAAGAAUCAAUUAAGUGUUGAAACAGAGAAAACGCCCAAUCAAUCGGAACCGAGUACUUCGCAAGCGAUGCUUUCUGAUAGUAUUUCACGCGAAGAACUAAUGGAAUCGAUUCGUGAUGUGAAUAAACAGAAUCGUAUGGCAAACCAAACAACUGACACAAUGAUGUCUGAUUGUCAAGAGUUGUUGAAACUGUUUGGCAUUCCGUUUAUUGUGAGUCCAACAGAAGCUGAGGCGCAAUGCGCUGCCCUCGAGAUGUUAGGCCUGACCGACGGUACCAUCACUGACGACAGCGAUGUUCUUCUGUUCGGCGCUCAGACGGUGUACAAGAAUUUCUUCACUUCCAGUAAAUUUGUUGAACUCUUUAAGAGCGUUGAUAUCGAGUCAAGAUAUGGAUUGAGCCGUUCGUCAAUGAUUUGUAUUGCAUUGCUUUGUGGCAGUGAUUAUACGGAUGGCGUCGACGGUGUGGGAGCCGUCACCGCCGCUGAGAUAUUAAGCGAAUUUCCAGGCAAUGGACUCAAACCACUCAAAUGCAAAGACAAACGACCGGAGAAUUCAAUUCGAGCCAAAUUCUUAAAGAUUCGUCUCAACGACUCGUUUCCCAAUCGAGUCAUAUUCGACGCAUAUAUGAGUCCAACGGUCGACAAUUCAAAGGAGAAGUUCUUGUGGUCAAUGCCUCAACUCGAAGAACUCAGACGUUAUGCGAGCCUUAGGUUUGGCUGGAGUUCAACCAAAACUGAUUCCAUUCUUUUGCCUGUUUUGAAGAAAAGCCAAAUGACAAUUGAUAACUACUUCAAAGUUCAGGUACAGCCCAAAGACACAGCAAUACUUAGCAAACGCUUGAAUACAGCGAUCAAUAAAUUGCGAGGAAAAGAGUCCGAAUCGACGGCCAAUCCAUUGGUUUCCAACAAAACGAAUGCAUUGUCACAGAAAGUGAAAAAUCAAAGAACCAAACGGAAGACUAAUGUGAAUAAAAGCAAACCUAUUGCCAGAGGAAAGAAAGUUCUCAAAUCGACUGCAAGACAUCAAACGCCACAAGAAGUUAAUUUGUCCGAAAGUAGCACUGAUUCCGAG